UGUGGCAUCAGACUUCGUGAGGGGAGGAGUGCGUAUGAAGCUCCCGUACCGCCGUGAGUUAAACUGUCCAGCAAUCCGACGCGGUCGCGGCUGUCAUGGCUUUCAAGAGUUUCAGAAACAGAUACAAUUAACGCUCGGAUUUAGUGAGAAGACUGUGCUAACUUUUACCCUCAGCUGCAUCAUCGAACGCGGGAAUAUUGUUUAUCCGGGGUGAAGGCCUAGGAAGUCACGCCCAUCACAAGGCCGUCUAAGUCUGAACGACUCCCGGCACUCAGCGCAGUCCCGAAGCUGGCACGUGUGGGGCGCCGCGCCUCGCGAUGUUGAAGUGGACGCUGCGCUCAUCGGCGCAGCCGGGCGGGCGUCGCGCAGCGCCGGUCACUGCACAUGACAUCCGACCUGACGCCCGCUACUCCACGGACUCCAGCCUGCGAGACUCGAACAAGUGCUGGUCCGAGACCCAGGUGAAAGUAGCUCAAGUGAAGUCUACCCUAAAAUUGACUAAAGAAAACCAAUUCGAGAAACUGUAUGAAGAAAAUUGUGAUUCACUGGAGUGCAGCAGUAACUAUUCUAGCUCAAAGACAUCUCGAUCGUCGCUAAGAUCUAACAAGUCAUCAACGGCCGACGCUAAAGAGGACAAGCGAAGAAAGAAACUUUCAAAAAAUCUAAGAUGUGCCACUCUGAUCGCUGGCUCGGCGAGCGACAGCGACGCGAGCAGCGGCGUAUACAUGCAGCUCCAUCACACGCCGGUCGCCCUCCUACAGCCGUGUGGACCAAGCACGGGGCACGACGAUCCUCGACGUCGCCCCUUGAUCGACGUCUCGAACGGUGACUAUGACGACGUAAAGAAGCACCUGCAAAACGUUUACCUCAAGCACCCACUUGCUGAAAACUGUCUGCUCGCAGACUCGGUCCAGGAACGAGCCAAGACCUGCAAUUUCUCUUGCAUCGCAGACUCCAACGCCUUGGUCACUUCUGAAGCAGAGACUGACACAGGUAGCACUCCUGAUGUCAUUGGAUGCCAUCAAGAAUUUAUUGAAGAGAAAGAAGGUAUGCAAAUUGAAACUCAUCAAGAAGUAACCCGAGAUGCUUCAUCAGAACAUGGACAUGACUUACGUCACGAUUGCCGGUCUGUUGUCAGUGGGGGGAACGGGCUAGAGAACUCCCUCGGGACUGCCGGGACCGUGCGCGAUGACACGGAGUAUAGAGGACGCCGUCCUGAACCACUAGGCGCCAGUGUUCCAUCGGGGGCAGUCGACCAGCAGAUUCCUUCUGCGGGUAAACUACGAAGUUCCACGAGAAUAGAAGGCUUCUUCAAAGACGUGUUCAGGAGCGCGCACAACCCGCGUCGCUCGCUGAGGUCGAGAGGCGCUACUGCGGCCGUGACGCAGUCUAAGCCUCGCCAGCUUCCCGAGGACACAAGCCUCUUGCCAAGAAGCUCAAGACCUUUCGUCCGUGAUGGUCCAGAGGGCAGCAGCGCCUCGAAACUCGAAUUAUGUUCAGGAGAGACCAAGAUAAAUUCUCUAUCAAGCAAACGACACUCCAUUUCAGUUUUUCCGAAAGAAAUUUUCUUGUGUAGUGUCAGUUCAAAGAAGCGAUUGUCUAGUUAUGGCCAUAAAAAAGUUCUGCAAAAUCGUGUUUAUGACAUACAAAUAGAUGGAGAUAAUAAUGACGAGCCUUCAAGUGCAAGCCACGGUGAUGGGGAACCUAAAUCAGUGGACAAUGUCAAUGAAGAAAUUAAGAAUUCGAAUUGUCUCGAGUCUGCAUGUACUGGGGGCAUCAGGACUCGCUCCACCUUCUGCGAGAACGCUCUCUACAUGUCCAUGAAUGGCGAUGAUAUUAUUUUGGAGAAUAGUAACAGAGAUAUCGAUACAAUUUAUUCAUCUCCAAAAUUAUUUAGAUGCAAUGAUGAAGGGAAAUCGGAGGCAAAUCAAAGAGAUCUUAUGCAUGGAAGUGAUACUUACGUUCUCAUGACAAACGACAGAGCGCGAGCAAGACUACAAUCAACUUGCGAAAUGCCGCGUAAAACUCUUCAUACUAGUUACUCUUUUCCUUUACUAUUGCCUCAUAGAAGACUAUUGCAUCAACCUUGCAGUGACGCUAUGGUACAUGAGCACACGAAUGCAGAGAAAGCUCAUGCUGGCAGCGAUCUUUUUAAUUCAAAUCCAAAGCGGAGAUCAUCGGAAUCGAGCGAACUGAAAACUGCAUCCCCUCGGGGCAUCCGACCCAUCUACCCCACUCCUCCAUCGCCCAGCCGCCGUCUCAUCAAUCGUCAAAUGCUUCGCCACUCUGCCAAGGAUGUUGUACAGUCCGACAUUGGCUCUUCCGCCACCUCUUGUCUUGGUGUUAGACAAACUCUCGUGAAGCCUGCUGAGUUGCUACCAUGCAAGUCAUGCCUCGUUUACGGUGACUUAGCUUCUCCGAGUUGUUUAUGUGACAUACCAAGACAUGAUAAAAAUAGCAGUAACCGAGCCCGUUCCAAUGAACAGAGCACUGCAUUAAAUUCUACUUCAUCAAAGACGAAAGUUUCUGGUGAAUAUAAUAUUGAUAAAGGCAACGAUGGAUACGAUUAUUCUAGACUCAAGAGCAGUUCGGUUUCAUUGAAUAAACCUGAUUGCGAUUCUCAGUCUACUAGCAAUCAACCCGAGGCGGCUCAUCAAAAUAAUACUGAACAGAUUACCUAUUCAGAUGUAAUUUCGCGCGCCAAUGGUUCAAGCAACCGAAAUUUGAGUGUUAUUAUCGACAGAGUUGUGCACAAAACUCUUUUUGACUCUGAAUCAGGGUCGCUACUUGAGGCUCAGUCGCCAGCUGCUAUUCUGUCCAGACGACAUUCGAUAUCGAGCUCUGAUAACGUCUCCAAAGAGUUAAUAACAGGGUCGAACCGUUGUGACGUAUCAUUUUGGAACGAAGUUAGUGAUUCAUCAAUACAUUUACCAAAAUUUCGAAAAUAUCCUUCGGAGUCGAUGCUGUUCCACGAAUAUGAAGUUCCAUUGGCAGCUUCAAUUGAUAAAAUCCUAAGCCAAACGCAGCAAAGCUCGUUUCUUGAUCCUGAUAACCGAAAAAACUUUCCGGAUCUCAUGGUCAGUUUUAGCCUUUUUAGGCAAUGUGGAGAAAAUCGAAUUCGUCACGUCCUUGCGAGGAGGAAGGAGGCAGGGACAGCAUUGCCGUGCCCCAUAGUGGCAGGUAAGCAGGUGAUCUCUGCACAAUGGUUGAAGACUUCGUCCGAAGCUGAUCUCUUCCAUACUACUCCCGGUAACUUGACACUUGAGCUUCCGGAGAUGGGUAGCGAGCAGCUGGGUACCCGCAACAUGACUGGAGCGUCAGUGCCCAACACGGCCGCGCGCAGUGAACAUGUGAGUGAGUGUCGUGAGCUUAAAAAAGGCACUAAAGAAGAGGGUUUACUGCCUGCAUCAAAAACUGAGGAAAAGCUACUGCAAAGACAGGAAGAAAGUUCAUACCGAUUGUUAAGGCUUUUUCAGGACUGCUCGAUAGACGAGGUAAUUGAAUCCGACGAUGAAGACUUUGAUAGUGGAGAGUGGUCAAUGCAUGCAACUCUUGAUGAAAACUCCACUCGCGACCCGGCUUUAUUAGAUUUGAGUUGUGCAAUGUUGAACGUGGAUGUCAUGAGAGAUCCUGAGAAGCUAGACAGUGCCACAGUGAGUGUUAUAGAGAAAUUGAGAGCGAUAUCCGACGAUAAGAUGCUGGCUAAGUUUCGUAAGUCUUUCCGGCGCAAAGACAAAGAUAAAGUUGACAACAAUUUAAGUAUGUUUAUGUUUGUCGAUAAUCCAAUGUAUUUAAGCCCUGAAAUAAAGAAGGAAGCCAAAGUGGUAAAUUCUGGUUUUGGGGGCACUAGCUGGUUUUUUAGCAAUCCGACUUAUUCGUCACCUAAUAUUAUUAAGAGCAAAGUGCGGUCAUAUACGCGGCCUCUCAGUGACAGCGUUCAGUGCGAAAAAGAAAAUAUUAAGAACCUGAUGCUUGCUCAAGCUUCAUCAGAGCCUAUAUGGCAUCAGAGCUCGGCACCGAAAGUAUCUCUUCUCCAGAGCAACCCAUGCUAUCAAUAUUCAAAUGCGAUGCGGGUAAGCUCAAGUGACGACACGCAAGAAACUCUUCCUGGCCUCGCCUUCAGCCAGGAAGACAUAAAUGGUGAUAAUAUUUUAGAGCACGAGUAUUGCACGAUACCUGGCGACGAAGAAUCUGAUUCGUGGAUCACUCAGUCGUCUGGAUCACAGCAGGCCAAUUCAAGUCCUAGUUCUAAACGACAUUUUCCUCAGUCUUUAUCUUCACUCUGUCUAUCAUCUCCGCAAUCUCGGGGCAGAUUUGUUCUCACCAAAGAUCUUGCUCUUACCUCACAUAAUAAUCUAAAAGAAGCGAACUGCAAUCCUAUUCACGUUUACGCCAAUGGACCAACUUAUAAUCCGUGCUCGACUGCCACGACGACGCUGGCCGCUGCCUCGUAUGCCUCGCCUAGAACCCCGCGGCCAGUCAAGAAGUCUUGCUCCCUCAGGCAGCAGUUCGUUUUCGGCGAGCAUCCACCCACCGUCCCUCCUCCUCUACCCUCGCGCUUGAGAAACAGCAUACGACAGUCUUCUUGGGCUCCUCAGGAGCUUCCUUCGCAUGGAACCUUUGUGUCUCAGGAGUCCCAGUCUCAAUGUGCUGACAAUACACAUUCAAUUGGAGACUUGCGUAGCAAUCAAGAACGUCUAGAUAUACAUGGCAGUAAUACUAAAAUUUCGGCAACCAAAGCAUUCCAGCUGCCUCCUGAUGGGGUGUACGAAAGCAUUGCUGACGCAGCUUCUCGCCGAUCACGAUCUGAUAGCUCGAGCACAAACAAACGAGUGGAUUUUGAAUCUCAUAGCGAUGCCUCAAGAGUGUCUUUGCUGGGGACGUGUCAGGGCCUGUCUAAUGGGGCUUUCGAGACACAGCAUACGAUCUGA